AUGGGCCCCUGUACCGCCUCCUCAUGCUGCUGCCAGGCCCGUAAUCUGCCAUGGGCCCCCGUACCGACUCCUCAUGCUGCUGCCAGGCCCGUAAUCUGUCAUGGGCCCCUGUACCGCCUCCUCAUGCUGCUGCCAGGUCCAGAGUGUGUCAUGGGUCCCUGUACGGCCUCCCAUUGCUGCUGUCUCCAUCGCCACACUCUGCCAUGUGCCACUUUCAGGUCUCCUCACACUGCUGGUGGGUUCCAUUUUGUCAUAGGGUGCUGUAUGGCCUCCCAUUGCUGCUGCCUCCACCGCCACACUGUGGCUCCACACUCACUCUGGUUUUGGCCCCGUGACUGCCCAAAUGAGUGAAGUGUGCGGUGAUUCUAAGAUCGACGGCACUCAUCUGCAUGUCAUACUGACUGACAGUAUUAGUUCUCUUCCCCAGCAGACUCCAAGGGCAUUUAAAUUAAAGGUACAGUGUUCUGCACUAAUAUAA